AUGGCAGCUAAAUGGUUAGCAAUUUGCUUACAUGGCAAAGUGGAAAGUUUCCCUUCACCAUCAUUAGAUCGAUAUCUACCGUCAAAAGUUGAUUAUUUAGAAGACAACUGUCGAGAACAACCUGAACUGGAUAAAGGAGCUCCAGACUUGUCUGAUAUAGCCAUUGAAGUAGAAAUUACAAGUUGCACUCGAUGUGCUAAAUGCCAUUGUUUGAUUUAUGAUGAAGAAAUUAUGUCUGGAUGGAGUGCUGAUGACUCCAAUCUCAAUACAAAGUGUCCGUUUUGUCCAGCAAAUGUUGUUCCUAAUCUGUGUAUAUACUUAAAGGAUUGGCGUACCAACAAGAAAAGGACUAUAAAGGAAGAAUUUGUUGUGAAAUGUGAUGAUGAUGAAGAAAGUGAGGUUACUAGUCACAAAUCCUCUAUGUCAGAAAGUCAGUUAAUGUUUGAUGAAGACGGUUUAGUUGAAGAUAAAAACUUGAUGUACUCGAGUCCAAAUCAUUUGUCGGUGACAAACUCAUCUCCUAAAAGAUUAACUGAAAGUUUGUUGAGUUUUAGUGAAGGAGGUCGACUGGGAGUUGAGCCAGUUGUAGAUAGUGCAUCUAUGAAUUUAGGUGAAAUAGCAUUAGAUGCUAGAAAACGGUGUACUAGUGAAUGUUUGACUCAUGCUACUGAUGAUGUAUCCUACAGUUCCUCAUAUGAAUCUAUAGAUGGUAUACAUCAUAAGCCUAAGAAAUCCCCAUUAAGCAUUUCCUUAGAGAAGGAAGAAAAAGAAGAUUAUUUCUAUUCAGAAGGCUCCAAUAAUAAAAUGGAUAUAAUGUCAAGAUGUAUAUCAACACUAGAACCUAUAGUUGUUCCAUAUCUUAGUCCAUUAGUUUUAAGGAAAGAGUUGGAACAUGUUUUAGAAAAUGAAGGAGAUUUGUGUCUCUCUUCAGACGGUUUUAUAGAUGAUCAUCCAAUUAUAUUUUGGAAUCUACAGUCGAAAGGUUAUAGUAGCAGUAAUGUGUUAAUACAACCAUUAUGGGACAAUACUAGAAUACACGAUGAAGUUGGGUUACCAAUGUAUAUAGCUUGGGAUUCUGCUAAAAGUGCCACUAUGAUAGAUGCGUUAAUAACAGAAACUCAACCUUACUCCAGAGCUGUAAUGCAUCAGAUAUUCACCAGUAUACAAUGUAAUGAUGUCUUAACACCUAUUAAACACGUGAUGCAUGGUAGAAAACGCCUUAGAAUGAGAAAACAAAGAUUUCGUAGCAUGUACAGAGAAAUUCUAUUUUUAGUACUGAAAGCAUGUGGUAGAGAAAAUAUUGAUCAAGAUGCAUUUGAUAGAGAAUACCUUAAAGCCUUUGAUCAGCUUCAUCAUGGUGAAAAACGUCACCUCCAGACAAAUGAUAGACCCUGUACUGAUCAUGUAGUUUGGUGUCGUCGUGUGUUUAAUGAACUCAAAUUGUAGGAAAAUAUCUAAAUUUUUAGGUUGACAUUCAAAGACAACAAUGAAAGCUGCAUACAAACAUACAUACUUUGGAUAAUGUUUUCCUGAAAACAUAUCUUUAGGGAGAACAAACACAAUUGAAAUAGAAUAGACCUAUCAUAACAAAACUAAAUAGCAUUGUCUUCUCAAGCACAUUUUAGUAGAGAAGUAUAUGUGUGUUGUUGGUUCUUUCAUCAACACUGUUUUUUUUUUAUCCAUUUAAAGAAGUGUGGAUACCAUAUAAGCAACAGUUCAUGAUUAGAUGUUGACUUAUUAGUUCAG